GAUGCUUAAGUCAGCAAUAAUCGGGGCUACCAAUAGAGCGAAGAUUAUAAGAGCUUAUGGUUGGUUUCAAUCACCUUUUUGACGUGACCCUUGAGGGGUAUUUAUAUGUUCCAAUGAAGAACCCACGCAGCAUGCUAAGCAAGAUAUUCGGGAUCUGUUAUUUCGGGAUCGGGAAAUUAAGCCGAGCAAGAUAUUCGGGAUAUGUUGUGAGGAUGUCCAUCAUAACUGCUAUACAGCCGUCCGAGCAGGGAGCUCUGGAUUUACUCUUCAUUCCGAUUGUAAAGGAAUUACUGUCGGUUGGGAGUGAGAAUGUGUUGAGUGUGCUGGAAUUGUUAAGGGUCCUGACAUCGUUCCUCCUCCCCCUUUAUGCAGAAAUUACGAUGUCUUCAGAAGAGGCCAGGAGUGUAGUGGGGAGUGAAGUGAUGCCCUUGGAGUAUGGUGGCAUGGAUUCGGAAACCAGUCCGUCUCCAACUAGCUCGGAGGGGACGGUGGAGGAUAGAAUGGAGGAAAGGGCUGGGGGUAGGGGGGAGAAGGGGUGGUACCACUUCGGUCUUCGGUCGUCCAGCAAAGAGAAUAUGACUUUAUUCUCUGCUGGGCCGUCAUCCAUCAAAGGAUGGAAAGAAAAAUUCCUCUUUGUGGAUGACACCGAGUGGAGUAGGAGGGAUGCCGAAGUGGAACAGUUGUCUGCUUGGAAAGCGAAGAAAACCAAGCAGAACAACUAUAAGUUGAAUGAGGAUGAGGUGGAGGAGGUGAAGAAGCUGGUGAGGGAAGAUGGGGAUGUGAUGGAUAUCUUGUACUUCACCAGCCCGAAGGCGAUAGAUGGUGCUGAACUCUAUGGGCCAAGCUCAUUGGGGGAAGCUGAGAUGGACGAGUUCGUUACUGCUGCUGGGGGCCUGCGCAUCCCCAAGAGGCCAAGGAAGAAGUCAAAGACUUCAACUGCGGCGGAGAAAGAGGUGACGGAGGGGGGGCGACUGUCCAGCACUUCUGCCGAGGUGAUGGAGGUGCAGCCAAGGCCGGAGCCUGUGAUGGGGGGUAGCGAGGAUGGAAGCGGGGAGAUGGCACCUCUCCAGAGGAAGAAGAGGAGGGUGGCAAAGCUAGGCACCCGGAGGAACGAAGUGGUGGAGUUCGUGCCUCGGCCUUCUCCUCCGGAGAUUGAUCCUGAGGUCUGGGAGAGGGAAGAGGCCGAGGUACGAGGCCCUGGCAGGGGCAAGGAGCUCAUCCCUCCUCUUUUGCUUGAGAAAAGUCUGUUUGAGGCGGCAAACAUGACAGGGGCGAAGCACUUCCUCAACCGUACUCUCCCUGAGGUGGAUAGGCAGCGGGCGAGGGAUGAGGCGGUGGGCCAUGCAGGGUAUACCGUUGUGAGGCACGCCCUAGAGAGUGUGAGCUGGACGAACGCUCUGGCGCAGGAGUAUGCAGAGAGCGUGAGAGAUCGCGCCAGCUUGCAGAAGCAGUGCGAACAGCUGCAGAAGGAAAGGGAUGAGCUGCAGAAGGAGAAGGGGGAAUGGGGGAAGGAGAAGAGGGAGAUGCAGAGGAGGCUGGAUGAAGUUCUCCCUUCAGUGACCGAGCUCCAGAACGAGAAUGAUGUCCUGAGCACAAAGCUUGGCCUUGAAGAACGUAAGAGGAAGAUCUGUGAGGAGAAGGUCGAGGCUCAGGACAAAUACAUGGACAUCAUGAGGAAAGGAGCAGCGGAGCUGAAGAAGAACGUGAACACGCUGGUUCACAACGGGAUGGAGGAGCACAUUGGCAACUUCCUCAACUCCAGCACCUUUGAGGACAUCCUCAAACUCUACCGGCUGCCAACCGCAAUCGUGGCCUUCACCGACUGUAGAAAGAAGGUGAAGGUUCAGUACCCAGAGGUAGAUGUGACAACUGUUACCUUUGGGGAACAAGAAGAAGGGGUGGAGGAAGAUGGGGAGAGCCUCUGUGCUGACUUCCGACCUCAGAUCACGCUGAGGUAUACCUCGAAGACGGAGUAAAGCACUUUAAAAAUGUAUCUGAUUAAUAGGAUUAUAACCCUAAAAAUGAAGUGGCUGAAUGAGUUAGAAUAAAUGAAAUUCACUUCC